AGCACUGACAAUAUAGAGCCAGGGUCAGUCAGAUAUGCCUCAUUUACAAGAAUCUUUCAACGAUGAAACUUCUUGCUUUUUGUUUACUUUUGGUGGCAGCAUCUUGUUAUGUGGAUAAAAAGGAACGAGUACUUCACCCUGAAGAGCAAUGGCAUGUUCCUAAGCCAAGAGAUCUCUCAAAGUUUAGACCCCGGCAUACUAUGAACUUGGAAGACAGAACUAGGGGUGCAAAAGAUGUGACUGCAGAGGAGAGAAUUGUCAAGCCCUCCAAAUAUGACCUGAUGGCUGAAUGUGGAAUUGAAGGACCCCCCGCUAUGAACAAGAUUGUUGGAGGAGUAGAAGCAGCAGAAAACCAGUGGCCAUGGCAAAUAGCCCUCUUUAUAGAUGAUGCUUGGUUCUGUGGAGGAUCCCUAAUCUCUGAGAACUAUGUUCUUACAGCUGCUCACUGUGUUGAUGGAGCUUCUUCUUUUGACAUUGUUGCUGGAGCUCAUAAUAUACAGAACUACAGUGAACCUCACAGAGUGGAAAUUACAUCCUUUUAUGGAUUUUCUCACCCUGAUUGGGAUCCCAACACUCUUGCCAAUGACAUUGCUCUAAUUGAGCUACCAAGUCCAAUCGAAUUCAAUGAUUGGAUCAAACCUAGCUGUCUUCCAGCCAUCGGAGGCAUUGCUGAUGAGGGAGAGCUUGUUACAGUGACUGGAUGGGGAAAACCCUCUGAUCCUUCAAGUGGAAUCUCUCCCGUUCUCAGGGUUGUAUUUGAUUUGCCAAUUAUAUCUAACGAUCAAUGUUUUUCUUAUUAUGGCACUGUAGGAGAAGGCUUUGGUUGCUUUGAUACUUCUGAAGGAAAGGGAUCCUGCCAAGGGGACUCUGGAGGGCCUCUGGUCAUGAAAUCUGAGAGUAGGGUUCCAGGCACAAAAUGGAUACAGCUUCCUAGGUUGGUGUUCUUAGUUAUGAGUUCAGUGCAGGUUGUGAGCUAGGAUAUCCUGCAGGAUUCUCAAGGACUGAAAACUACCUUGAAUGGAUUAUGAGCAACAAUGGCAUGUGAUUUUCCAUGAAUAUAUCUUCUGAGGUUUGAUGCAUGAUAAAGUUUUAUUGAUUAAAUAAAUCUAGCCCUAUGCAA